AUGAAAUUCUCUUCGUGUAUUGCGGCUGUGGCCGUGAUUGCCGGUGUCAAUGCUUCUCCGCACCCCGCAUAUCAACAGCAAGACCAGCAGGCCCUUGGAACAACAUCUUCGCCUUCAACGACUGGCUACGACCAGCUUAAAUUAGAAGAUAUCAUCAAUGAUUCCCAGCUCCUAUCGUUGCACCGAGACUUGGUCAAGAUUGAGUCUAUCUCCGGUAAUGAGCACGAUGUUGGACUGUUCGUCGCACAGUUCCUUGAAAGCCAAAACUUUACCGUGGUCAAACAGGAAGUGCCUCCAGUGAAGGGCCAAGAGGACACAAAGGCCCGCUACAAUAUCUAUGCCGUUCCUAAGUCCUCGACCCAGCCUCCCUCCAUCCUCCUCACCAGCCACAUUGACACUGUCCCACCUUUUAUCCCAUACUCAGUGCGUCAGCCCCAGGACGCAACCUCGGACCCAGAGGACUUGAUCAUCGCGGGCCGUGGCUCUGUCGAUGCGAAAGGCAGCGUCGCAGCCCAAAUAUUCGCCACCCUCGAAACACUCGAGGAAAACCCAGACGCAAGCCUAGGUCUCCUGUUUGUCGUCGGCGAGGAAAUCGGUGGAGAUGGCAUGCACGUCUUCUCUGACUCGAAGCUCAACCAGAAGGAGGCCUUUAAGACUUUGAUCUUCGGUGAACCCACCGAAGCCGCCCUCGUGUCUGGUCACAAAGGCAUGCUCGGAUUCCAAGUCCUUGCUCAUGGCAGUGCCGCCCACUCCGGCUACCCCUGGCUGGGCAAGAGUGCUGUAUCCGCAAUUCUGCCCGCAUUGUCGCGCGUUGAUAUCCUAGGCAACAUCCCCGCCGAAGAGGGUGGCCUUCCUGCGUCCCCGAAGUACGGACCCACGACGCUGAACAUCGGCAAGAUCCGCGCCGGUGUUGCCACCAACGUUGUGCCCUCAGAGGCUAUGGCCGAUGUGGCUGUUCGCCUUGCAGAAGGGACCCCUGAGGAGGCGCGCAAGAUCAUCCAGCGUGCUGUUGAAGAUGCCACGAAGGACUUUGAGGCGGAGGUGGUUGUUGAUUUCAAAUCGCACCAGGAGUCUUACCCGCCGCAGGAUCUUGAUGUUGAUGUUGAAGGCUUUGAUGUUGCUACGGUCAACUAUGGCACUGAUGUGCCUAACUUGGCUGUUGCGGCCAGUACUAAGCGGUACCUCUAUGGUCCUGGUAGCAUUUUUGUUGCCCAUGGUGACAAUGAGGCCCUGAGCGUGCGCCAGAUCAACGAGGCCGUUGUCGGUUAUAAGAAAUUGAUACAAGCUGCUGUCGAUAGAGAUGGUCAAGUUGCAUAA